CAAAAGUUUAGGGAAAAGCUGUUGAUCAGACAUGAAGUGCUUUGCAUUACUUAUCCUCUUUCUCAAUGCGGUUUAUGUCGCCUCUCAUGUUCCCCAUGAAAUAACCUAUUUUGUGGGCUGCUUUGAGAACGGCACCACUGUGGUUCAGUUUGAUUUUGAUGGUGAGGAAAUAUUGUACGUUGACCUUCAAAGAGAGGAGGUCGUAUUCACCGUACCCGUCUUCAUUGAUCCAGAUCCCAUGCAGGUGUUAAUAGGUUUGAGUAUCCUUAAAGAUGCUCUGGAUAACAGGGAAUGGUGUUCAGCCCUACAAAGAAUGUUUCAAUAUAAAAAUAAAUCUCCACCGAAAGAGGACCCCCCAGACACCAUGAUCUUCCCAUCAAGAGAGAUAGAACUGGAAAUGGAAAACAGCCUUGUGUGCUUUGUGAAUAAUUUCUAUCCGCCUUUAGUCAAAGUCAGCUGGACUAAAAAUGGACACCCAGUCUCAGAGGGGGUGUCGGUUGGUCAAUAUCAUCCAAAUAAGGACCAAACCUUCCGCCUGUUCUCCACUUUGAGGUUCACACCGAGUGAGGGGGACAUUUAUUCCUGCACCGUGGAGCAUCCAGCACUGGAGACUCCUAAAACAAGAAUCUGGGAAACAGAAAUCAUCAAAGAGAAUCAAAGUCUUGGGCCUGAUAUUUACUGUGGAGUCGGUCUAUGUGUGGGCAGUUUGGGAAUUGCAACUGGAGUAUUUUUUAUUGUCAAGAGUCAACAUUUAAACUAAUUCUCUGUUUUUAAAUACAGAAUACAUGGUAAAUUAUGUAAAAUAUCAAAGUUUAAGAUUUUAUAUAUUAAAAAUAUUUGAUUUCACACCUCUGUCGCAACUCCUAACAUAGACGUGAAAAUUCAGUACAAGAUCAAGGCUGUAAGUGACACAAAAAAACGUAUGCUUGGAGGAAAAGGACAUUAGGCUGGAAAUACAACUUGAACACUGGAGCUCAGUGAAGAAGAAGCUGAAGUUGAUGAAAAUGUAAAUUAUUGGUGUGUGAAUUGGCAAGAAUUUGUUAAUACAAUACGUAUCACUAUCCUGGUGUCACACAAUAUGUCCAGAUAAAUUGUGUCACAACAGUUUAUCUGGAUAUGUGACAAUGCAGUAACACACACAAUAUACUGGGAUUUUUAUAAUAAUAAUAUAGCUCAGCAAAACCUCACAAGAUCCCAUUGUUGCUCUGCUAUGGCUGGUGCAGAGCAACACUGGGACUUGUUAUAUAAGACUAAGGCAAAGAAACAGAGGAUUUCCUGUAACUAUCCUUAUAUCUGAGAUUGAUUCCAUAUUUUGAAUCAAUAUCCUCUAAUAAUAGAUCUCUAUGUUGGCAUUUUGAGUCGAGGCAAUAAUAUUCAAGAGAGAUAUUCUUAAAUUUAACAGAAUCUCUCUUUUUUUUACACACGUAAUAGUAAGUACUGACAUCAUAUCCCGACUCUGUGAAACAUUUAUGUCUGCUAACAGCACUCAAUGCAAAACUAAUUUCUAGGUUCAAAAUGAUUAGGUUUACAUUAUCAGGAUCAAUGCUUGGCGUGUGAUUGCUUUUUUGCACAGUUUUUGAGUGGAGUUAUUUCUCUAAAAGGUUACAUAGCCUGGGCUGGAACACUGGCUAAAUACACAUCUUACCUGCCUGCCUGCCUGUCCCUUUAUAAAAUCAGAAAUAUAAAAGGCCAA